AUACGACAUGCGUUUUGAAAGUCACGUGCUGUUCUUUCUUGCACGUGUGAACACCAUCAAAAAGCGUUCUCUCCUCUCCUCUACUCUCUCUUGUCUUUCUCCAGCCAAAAUAUGAGUCUCGGCGAUGAUUUUCCUCUACAUUCAUACACCACCGAGCACGACUUCAUCGCCACCCUCAACUCCGCUUUCCAAUCCCUCAGUUUCAACAACACCACCACCACCAACAGCAAUCCCCAUGUCCUCUCCGAACCCAAAUCCAAACCCAAACCCAAAUCCAAAUCCAAAUCCAAAAAGCGUUCGGACCCACAUCACAACUCAGACGAAAACGACCCAUGCGGCCACCCCGAAAUCCAAGACAACAAGUGCAUCAACUGCAAGAAAAAAAUCCUCGACGACAACUUCGGCGUGUCGUUCAGCUACGUCCGCAAAGGCUUACGCUUCAGCCACAAAGAGAUCGCUCGCCUUCGCGACCUCCAAUCCCACGAGAAACUCAAGCACAAAAAGCUCGUCUUGGUUCUUGAUCUCGACCAGACCUUGAUCCACGUCACCACCUCAUCCAAAACCAAACAAUCCCAAACCUCGUCGUCUGGUAACGACCACUUCACAUUGAAUUCGCUUCAGAAGACAGUGAAACUGAGACCCUUCGUACGGCCUUUUCUUAAAGAAGCGAGUACGAUGUUUGAGUUUUACAUAUACACUACGGCAGACAAAGCUUACGCAUUGGAGAUGACGAGGUUGUUGGACCCAGAAAACGUUUACUUCGGUACGAGGAUUAUCUCUCGGGACGAUAGUCCUCGGAGUGACCAAAAGAGCCUCGACCUUGUUCUCGCCCCCGAACGAAUGGUUCUAGUACUUGAUGACACCGAGGAUGUCUGGUUGAAUCAUAGGCCUAACUUGGUUUCCAUUGAGAGAUACACUUACUUUGGUUCAAAUUCAAUCACCGAUGAGAGCGAAACCGAAGGCGCGCUUGUAAAGAGUCUAAGAGUGCUUAAACUGGUUCAUGGUUUGUUCUUUCACAAGAAAUUGGAGGUGGGUUUUGUGCAAAGAGAUGUGAGGGUGAUACUGCGAAUGCUACGUGGUGAGGUACUCAAAGGGUGUAAUGUGUUUAUUAGCAAUUUAGACUCGAGGGUUUGUGUUAUGGCGGAGGAGUUGGGUGCAAUGCGUGCUAUGGAGCUUGAAGAAUCGGUGACCCAUGUGGUUUCUUUGGUUGUGGGAUCAGAGGAGUGUCUGUGGGCUGAGCGGGAGAAGAGGUUUUUGGUUCAUCCCAGGUGGGUUGAAGCUGCCUAUUACCUGUUUGAAAGAAUGCCUGAACAGGAUUUUCCCAUUAGCCUCAAAAAGUUUAGUAAUGGAUGUGAGCUUGAGAACUCCUUUGUUUGCCCAAGACUUGUGUUUGUCUUGUUCCUAAUUGAUGUGGAAGCUACCAAUUGCGGUCUCCUCAAAGAAUCACUGGCAGUGAAUUGUUGUAUGUCAUGUUGCUUCUUCCCGAGACUAUUGUCAAUUUGUCAUUUGUCAUUUGUCGAUGAAGUCCUUCCAAAAACAGUUCAUUGGCAGUGAAGUUUGUGAGACUACACCUUGCUCACCUCGUUACAAAUAAAUUUAUCAUAAUACACCGGCCUAAUACUUUGUUUAAUAAUGAUUAUCAACUAAAACAUCUGAAAAUGAGUGAUUUGCAAUGAAAAUUAUAGUUAUGGGGGACUUUGUAGAGGACUAGGGCUCCUAGCCAGUUCAAUUCAGCGCAUGGCAAGUUUGCCAAUAUAUGAGGAUAGUCUUGCAUGUAGUGUUUUUGAAGAUUAAAUUCUAUAAAUACUUGUUGUAAACUCUUUGAUUUACUCCCUCCAAUAAGAAUAUGCCACAUCAU